AUGAUUUUCCUUCUCUCUUUCUCUCAUGCUUCCUUUUCUCUUUUAAUCCUGAUCCUUCAUAUACUUUCUUUCAUAGUUUUUCUCUGGCUCAUUCGUCUUUUCUCUCAUUUUAUCCUACAAAAUACGUUCUUCUUCUCUUUAUCCUCCCCAACGCUUUCCUUUCCUUUCCUGCCCCCCACUUCUUUCCUUCCUACCUUCCUUCCUUUCUUCCUUCCUUGCUUCCUUCCUUCCUUCGCUUUCCUUUCCUUGCCUGCCUCCAUCCCUCUCUCCGUCACUCCUCCUUCCUUCAUUCCUCUUUUCCUUCGCUUUCCUUUCCCGCCUCCCCUUCCUUCCUUCCUUCCUUCCUUCCUUCCUUCCUUCCUUCCUUCGCUUUCCUUCCUUCCCUUCUUUCGCUUCCUUACUUCCUUCCUUAGCUUUUCUUUCCUUUUCUGCCUCCAUCAACGUUCCUUCCUUCCUUCCUUCGUUUUUUCGUUCCUGCUUUCUUUCUUUCCGUAUUUCUUUCUUGUUUCUUAUCUUCAUUCGUACAUCAUUCCAUAUUAUCUUCAUCCUUCAUUCCUUCCUUCCUUCAUUCGUUCCUUAGUUCAUUCAUUCUUUCAUUCCAUCCUUUACACCUCUUUUCUAACAUUCUUUUCUGCUUUCAUUCCUUCUUUAAUUCAUUUCUUCUUCCUACUUUUCUUCCUCACUGUACUUUCCUUCGUUCUAUCAUUCCUUCUUUUCCCCUUACUUUUUUCCUUCUUUCCUUUCCUCUUUUCUUCCUCGUUUUAUUCUUUUCUUUCUUCCUUGCGUUCCUUCCUUCUUUCCAUCAUUCCUUUCGUACUUCUUUCCUUCCUUCCUCUACUUUCUCCUUCUGCCCUCUUUAUUCUUUUGAAUUAUAUUGUCAUCCUUCUUGCUUUAAUCUUCGAUUUUUCUUGUCCUACUAGAUUAUACCUUUGCCACUCGUCUUUCUUCUUCUUCUUUCACUCUUUCUCUUGGUUCUACUUAAGCUUUUGGGCCCCAAAUAUUUCUUCUCAUUUAUUUUUCUCCUAUUUCUCUUUUCGAUUUCCUUAUUUCCAAUACUAUCCUUUUCUAAUACGUCGAUUUCUUCCUUACACAUUUUUUUCUUAA